CUCGGCGCCGCCAUGCCCAAGGUGGUGUCCCGCUCCGUGGUCUGCUCCGACACCCGGGACCGCGAGGAGUACGAUGAUGGCGAGAAGCCGCUGCACGUUUACUACUGUCUGUGCGGCCAGAUGGUGCUGGUGCUGGAUGAACACUCCUGACAAUCAGAACUCCCUCCCCUAGCGAUGGAUCUGAAUCUGCAUUAUACAACAGCCUCUCUCUUCACUUCUGCAGACUGUCAGCUGGAGAAGCUGCCCAUGAGGCCUCGAGACAGAGCUCGGGUGAUUGAUGCAGCCAAACAUGCCCAUAAAUUCUGUAACACAGAGGAGGAGGAAAAUGUUUAUCUCAGAAGACCUGAAGGUAUUGAGCGGCAGUACAGGAAGAAGUGUGGGAAGUGUGGACUUCUGCUCUUCUACCAGCACCAGCAGAAGAAUGCCCCAGUUACCUUCAUUGUCGAUGGAGCUGUGGUCAAAUUUGGCCAGGGUUUUGGGAAAACAAACAUAUACACUCAGAAACAGGAACCUCCCAAAAAGGUGAUGAUGACCAAACGGACAAAAGACAUGGGCAAGUUCAGUUCAGUCACGGUCUCCACCAUUGAUGAAGAGGAGGAGGAGAUUGAAGCACGAGAGAUUGCAGAUUCCUAUGCGCAGAACGCUAAAGUGAUUGAAAAGCAGCUGGAACGCAAAGGCAUGAGCAAAAGGAGGCUGCAGGAACUGGUAAGUCGGUUUUGUUUUCAGUGCAUUGUUGCUGCAACUGUAUCUUUGGGGGGUGUCCAAUUCCCUUGGGUCUGUUGGCAGGAUACAUAAGCAGCAUAUCUUAAUACCCUACGGUGGGUUUACAGAGUUCACAUGCAGCUUUGGGGGUGGGCGGUUGUUACGCUUAACAGUCCAAAUUAUUUAUGCUUUGUAUUUUUAACUUGAAUUGAAAAAUUUAUUAAAUAAUAAUAUAAAGAAAAUCCACACAAUUAUUGUAGGUUUUCCCCCAGUGAUGUAAGCUCCUGUUGUUAGACAUCUCCUCAUAGGACGGGUAGGAGAGGUAAAAUAUGGUGAAGACUGUACAGAGAUUUUCUCUAGUCCUCUAAAAUUGAAGAUAAUAGAAAAUUAUAUAUAGACCUACUCAAAAAGGGUAGUUUAUAAGACACUGGUGCAACCAGGGCAGCCUCUGUAGCCAGUUAGCCCAUGAAUGGUCCGAUCAGAGCUGGGGGAAAUUACCCCAGAACUUGAGCAACAGAAUGUGCCUUACAUUGUGUCCUCAAGCCUGCCACGCUCAGGCUUUAGCAUAGGCUACAACAGGGAGUAAGUUACAGAAAGGAGGGCCUGCCAGUGUAGUAGCUCUGCUGCUGGUCCUGUAAAGGUCAACUUAGAAACCAACAGUAAGAACAUGCUCGGUUAUCUUAAUAUGGCGACAGGCUUAUAGAAGUUGGAGAUGGGAAAGAUUUACUAGAUUAUCUAGCUCACCUUCCUGCCAGUGCAGGAUAUAAAGUGUGAAAUGGCCUCUUCUGUAACUAGUACCAGACCAUUUGGGGCUUCAAAGAUUGUAAUCCACCUUCUGAUUUGCACCCAGAAGCAAAGAGGGUAGUGAAUGAAGAGCCUUGAAGCGUUUUGUUCUUCACUUAGAUGACAGGUGGCUGCAUGCUGCAUUAGUAAUGUCCAGAUCAGAAGAUCAUAUCUCAGAGUGCUGGAGAGAAAGUUACUCAUGAUGAUGCUCUUGUGUAGAGUUUUCAUUCUGUCCCAAUUUUUCUAAUCAGGCUGAGCUGGAAGCCAA